GUGACAACCAAGACAUUGGAUCGGCCUUUGACAUCGUCAUCACGCCGACCUCUUGCGACGCAGCUUCGUCUCUUAACAAGAACUGAACUUUACAGCCGCGACACGUGCUGUGCGUAUCUCCUGCUUGCCAAUUCUUUGUACCUAUCUCGUCACGGCAAAACAAACUGAUUGCCUGCUUGGCUCGCGAGCUUUGAGCACACGCGGCCUGCCCUAAAAAGCCACGUACUGUACAGGAAGGUACUGUACAUAUACCAACCGCCGCCGUGCAGCAAUCCAUUCAACGUUACCCGCCUUGGCAAAAAGUUGCUGCUUGUCGUUUUGGGAGAAACGACGCAACGGAACCCCCCCCCCCAAAAAAAACCUCCUUGCAUCCCAAGAGCAAACGGAAACCACAACACAGUCCAACCAAAACCUUGACAAUGAUUCGCUCAACACAAUUAGCGCGGCUUGACGGCUUGAUGCUGUGCGCGUCGGUCGACGACGAGCAGACGGAGGCGGCGCUGGCCGAGGUCAAGGGGCAGGUGAAGCUGGUGCUGCGGCGGCUGAGCCGCAGCGUGGAGCCGCAGGCGAGCAUCGAGAGCGGGGCGUUCUACACGAUCCACUACCUGAUCGCGGCCGACGUGGUGUACGUAGCCGUCGCAGACCGGGCGUACCCGCGCAAGCUGGCCUUCACGUACCUGGCGGACCUGGCGGCCGAGUUCGCGACGACGUACCCGGCGGUGCAGGUGGCGAGCCCGACGCUGCGACCGUACGCCUUCAUGGAGUUCGACACCUUCAUCGGCCGCACCAAGGCCACGUACAGCGACGCGCGCGCUUCGCAGAACCUCGACAAGCUCAACGACGAGCUGCGCGACGUCACAAAGGUCAUGACCAAGAACAUCGAGGAUCUGCUGUACCGCGGCGACAGCCUCGAGCGCAUGGGCGAGUUGAGCAGCCGCCUGCGCGACGACAGCAAGAAGUACAAGCGGGCCGCCGUCCGCAUCAACUGGGACCUGCUGCUCAAGCAGUAUGGCCCGUUUGCCGCCCUGGGCUUCAUCAUGUUGUUCUUCAUGUGGUGGAGGUUCUUCUAGGCGCUGGUCGUUAUUUUGGACAAGUACCAAGGGGUUAAAAAAAUAAACAAAAAACGAUCCAGCCACGUCUAGGCGGGUGCGGAAAGGGGCUAGGCGACGAACGCUCAGCCCCUUCAGGUUUAAAGGAGAUAUCAUCGGCCUACAUAUUAUGCAUUAGCGGCUCGGGUCAGCUCAGCAUGGAGUUUUCGGUGUGGAAUUAAAAGGGGGAAGGGGGAAGGGGAAAUGAUCAACUAGCUUAUCAUGUCAAUAAUCUUGGUAUUUUUUGUUUCGUUCUUCACGUGGCGUGUUGGCAGUAUUUAUUAGAGCAUUAUAUUCGCUUGAAGCUACCAAGAAUGCCUUUUUUUUGGACCCCGGCUUUGCGAAGAUAUUUUAAAAAUAAAGAAUUA